UUGGACUUCAAAACGUCGUCGUAAGGACGUGACCCUCUUUUUUAUUUUUUGAGCUUUUUCAAACUUUCACGGCUGGAAUGGAGAGGAACAGGCUGAAAAGCUGAGAAACUGAACUGCAGCAGAAGGAUGCGAGGAAGGAGACCCUCCUCUGAAGCACGUAAAUGCUCGAUAAAGACGUCUUGUUUUGUUCUUUGAUAUUGAAGGCUCGGAAUCUUGCGGUUGAUUUCUUUGCAGCCUAGAGCGAGACCCAUCUCUUCGCCGAAAGUGGUGAAAAGAAUUUUAGAGAGAAAGAGGGUAAAGAGGAUUACGAUAUGCAAGCGGAUACUAGGGUUGGUGUAGUGGUUGAAGGGGGGAAAAGAGGCAUCAAUUCAAGUCAAGGAGGUGUUGCCGUCGAUGGCGGUGUGAGGAAGCUGGCUUCGCAGCAGCAUUCUGACAUUGGGACUAUUUCUCAGCUUCUUGCUGGGGGCGUUGCCGGCGCUCUUAGCAAGACCUGCACAGCGCCGCUUGCUCGACUCACCAUACUCUUUCAGGUUCAAGGUAUGCACUCCAAUGCCGCAUCAUUGAGAAAAGCCAGCAUAUGGAAUGAGGCUUCGCGAAUUAUCAACGAAGAGGGAUUUAGAGCUUUCUGGAAAGGGAAUUUAGUUACUAUUGCUCAUCGUCUGCCCUAUUCUUCUGUCAACUUUUAUGCAUAUGAGCACUACAAGAAGUUGCUAAAGACGGUUCCAGGACUGCGAAAUAAUGGGGACAAUAUGAGUGCAGACCUUUGCAUACAUUUUGUAGGCGGUGGCCUAGCUGGAAUAACUGCGGCAACAGCUACUUAUCCUUUGGAUCUUGUAAGGACACGCUUAGCUGCUCAGACAAAAGUUGUCUACUAUAGAGGUAUUUUGCAUGCUUUACGAACUAUUAGCAAGGAAGAGGGAUUGUUUGGGCUUUAUAAGGGACUUGGAGCCACACUGUUGGGUGUAGGGCCCAGUAUAGCAAUUAGCUUCUCCGUAUAUGAAAGCUUGAGAACAUUUUGGCAGUCAAAUAGAUCCAAUGAUUCAACUGUUCUCGUCAGUUUAGCAUGCGGUAGCCUUUCAGGCAUUGCAUCAUCAACGGCAACAUUUCCAUUGGAUCUUGUAAGGCGACGGAAGCAAUUGGAGGGGGCGGGUGGGCGGGCCCAAGUAUAUAAUACAGGUCUCCUUGGGAUGUUUAGGCACAUAAUCCGGACAGAAGGCUUGCAGGGCCUAUACAGAGGAAUCUUGCCUGAAUAUUACAAGGUUGUUCCUGGCGUAGGUAUCUGUUUUAUGACUUACGAGACACUAAAGAUGCUUCUAGCUGAUAUUGCCACCCCUUCAUAGUCACAAAAAGCUUUUAGACUUUCGAGUUCUUUACCCAGAGAAGAAGGAGUGAAGAGCUAUUGCCUUUUUACGAAGCACAUUUUAUUUCUUGGAUCAUGGAAGUAAAUUGGAUUGCUGCUAUGGGAGACUAGGGAAUACAUUUUUACCAAUGUAUAGGAACAAUUUUUUAAUUAUAUAUCUUAAAUUUUAUUACAUAUUUAAUGGGAGUAUUAGGCGGUUAUCUCCUUCCCCCCAAAAGAUAUCAUUUUUGUAUUCUCAUGUUCUCUUCCACAUGUUUCAGUAAGUUAAGAAUUGGACACUCAUGUACUGUGGGAUUCUUGGUAAACGUUGUAUUAUCAAAAUUUAAGUUAGAGGAAGCCCUAGUUCUAGUU